UUCCUUUCUUCCUUCCUGCUUCGUCUCAUUUCAUCAUUCUGCGGUCAGAAAGUGAAGUCAAUGACAUCUUUAGAACUUCCCCUCGCUCGACUUAGCAUCUCCAAUCCUCGGCUUGCGCCAGCCGGUGCCUCCCCAAAAAGCCUGAAUUGGGACUCAUAUUCCAACUGUAUAAUUAAAACGAAUGUGACCAGCGACCCAGCAUCUCUCAGACUGCAGAUUGUGCAUGACACAUCUACCUUGAUCGUUAGAGACUUACCUGCUUCAGACUUGAUCAAUGCUUCAAUUACUCGACGUAUCACGCAUAUUGGGCAGCAAGCUGCUUUCCGAUAUGAUUGGCCUCUGAACGCAGGAGUCGGUGCAAAGACGCAAGAAUGCUUUCAGGUUAUUUUUCAGAACGCCACCGACCUCACAUCUUUAUUGGACCACUUGAAGCCUUUCUUCAAUAUUCAAACCAGUACAACCAAACCCAUCACCGUCACUGCUUCUCAGCCAACACAAGUCCAGGCCAAGGAAAACUCAUCAACCAAAAAGAGGUCUCCUUCUAAGUCGGGACAAAAGAAACAAGUGGCCAACCCAGCUCCCAUCAGGGCCUCACCGAAAGGAAGACUCGCAGGCGAUACAAGAGCUGUCAACAAGCCUCGGCCUACUUCCCAACCAAGCUUGGCAUCAAAUCCUCGCGCACCGAAAGUCAACACUCUUGGAUCAUCGCCAACAGCCAAAUCGCUCGGUACCGACGGAACGGUUCCUUCGACGUUAUCAUCGGAUGGGCCUCGAGCUGUGACUAAGGAUAUCGGCAGGCAAUCACCACUUCCAGUUCAUGGACCAUUAGCGUUUUCAAUGAACGAUCCCACUAUGGCCGGACUCAAGAGGAAACUUUUAGCUGGAUUCGACCCGGGCACUACCGCCUCUGUCACCAUGCACCCUUCUCAGACCGCUAGAAUCACAGGCUCUCCGUCGCAUUCGGAACCUCAAACUCACGAGGCAACGCCUUCUCGUUCCGUUACUCACAAAAGUGAUCCUGAGUCUACUACUAAUGAGAGUGCCCCUUUUAAUUCUCACUUCCCACCUAUUGUCCCUGUACAAAAGCCAGCACCAACCUUCCAACCCACCUCGGUCGACCUUAUAACCUUUUCCUCACCUAUCAUGUCUUCCAAUUCCCUUCCUCCCCCGCCUGGCCCAGCGAGAAUCGUACUGGGUGGAUCAAGUGAUAUAGAGAUUGGUAGUGAGUGUGAUUGGCCAGUCAUGCUUACAGAGGAGAAGCAAAGAGAAGAAACUCUAAAGAGGCUUGUGGAAGAGGAUCUCGAUGUAGAAAUGAAUCCGGAUGAUGGUUCUGCACAUUAUUCCUCUAAUCAACAAUGCUGGACUGUCCCUCCGACUAGCUAUGGGACGCUACCCACGGCUUUAUCUUUAGCAGUCAAUGGGCCUGCCAGCUAUGAGCUGUCCGAUCAAAAGCUCUUCGAACUGAUCUGUCAAAUUUUCAGAGAGCCAAAGUUCGUAAAUCUCUAUGGGAAAGUCAGUCAUAUAUUAGGUCAAGUCUCUAUUGCUCAACAUAAUAACCCUUACCCGACUCCGUCUGAAAGCUAUGCCAGCCUUCCCCUUUUUACUCCGCGAGGCGAGAGCGUCUACUCCCAGGAAUACACCGAACGGGGUUGCCACAGUUACUCUUCACAGGACCGUUCGAAUUACAAACGGCCUGCUUAUUCUUUGGAAUAUCAUGAUAACCAGACCAUUUGGAAGCGCAUGAGGGUGGGUGAGGAAGAGAUAUAUUUGUAUGAUGAUCUGGAAGAAGAGGAUCGUAUGUGCUGAAUAUUUGUCCGGCCAUGUGUUUCAAAGAUAGAGUGGUGCCGCCCUUUGUUGCCGUACUGUAUCGAGAGCGUUACUAGUUUUAAAUACAUACAACAAGGACUCUUUUUAUUGUAUAUUGGGGUGUCUGAUUAUGUAUUUAUGCAGUA